CACCGGAAAGAAGAAGAGAGGCCAGCCAGGCAAACAAAUUAAUAAGCUGCAUACAUGCAUGCCAUUCCUUCUUCUUUCCAUCCAUCUAUUAUUUCCACCAACAAAAAUCAACAUAACAUAAUUUAAAGAUGAAUGACCUCUUCUCCAACUCCUUUAAACGUUACCAAGACCUUAAAAAACAGGUGGAAAUGGACGACAUCGAGGGCGGCGGAGGGGGCAAUGCCGCGGCGGGGGCAGACCUCGACAAGUUCUUCGAAGACGUCGAGAACGUGAAGAAGGACAUGAAGGCCGUGGAGGUGCUCUACAAGAAGCUGCAAGAAGCGAAUGAGGAGAGCAAGACCGCGCACAAUGCCAAGACCAUGAAGGAUUUGCGUUCCAGGAUGGACGCUGACGUGUCUCAGGUGCUGAGACAGGUCAAGGUCAUCAAAGGAAAGCUCGAAGCCUUCGAGCGGUCCAAUGCUGCCUCCAGGCGGGUCCCGGGCUGCGGCCCGGGAUCCUCCACCGACAGGACGAGGACGUCUGUCGUGAGCGGGCUGGGGAAGAAACUAAAGACGAUGAUGGACGACUUCCAGGCGCUGAGGGGGAGGAUGAACUCGGAGUACAAGGAGACGGUGGCGAGGCGGUAUUACACCGUCACGGGGGAGCAGCCGGACGAGGAGCUCAUCGAGAACCUGAUAUCGAGCGGGGAGAGCGAGUCGUUCCUGCAGAAGGCGAUCCAGGAGCAGGGGCGGGGCCAGAUCCUCGACACCAUAUCGGAAAUUCAAGAACGGCACGACGCGGUGAAGGAGAUCGAGAGGAACCUGAUCGAGCUGCACCAGAUAUUCCUGGACAUGGCGGCGCUGGUGGAGGCGCAAGGGCAGCAGCUCAAUUCCAUCGAGAGCCACGUGGCCCACGCGAGCUCCUUCGUCCGGCGAGGGACGGAGCAGCUCCAAGAGGCACGUGAGUACCAGAAGAGCUCUCGGAAAUGCACGUGCAUCGCCAUCGUCCUCGUCCUCCUCCUCAUCGUCGUCUUGCUUUUCCCUAUCUGGUCCAAUCUCUUAAUGAUCCAUUUUAGGUAGACUAGCUAGUUACAUUAUUAAUUACUCCAAGAGAUAGACACUCAUUUUUCAUUCAACUUUUUUUUUUUUGUAAAUUAGUAGAGCGUAACACGUACACUUGCAUAUCUAACUAACCCGAAAUGACCAUAUCUAAUCUGUACCAAAUCAGUAUCAUGAACAUGAUAUACGUAUGUAUAUACAACAUUUUUGUUAAAUGUAGCAAGAGUUCAAAUUUUACAAGUUUUUUACAUGGUGGUGACUAGUUUAAUUACUUUUGUUACUGUUGUUGUCAUGUUGGUGUGCACAACGCAUGGUUGUAUAAAGGGGCGUCGUGGCGGUGACAGAUAACAGCAACAACAGCAAUGGUGAGUACUCAUCAGGGUAUAGAGGUUUCGGAU